GGGCCCGGCCCCGCCUCGGGGCGCGGCGGCGGCGGCGCUGCCCGCCCUUCCGGGCCGGCGGGCGCCAUGGGGGCCGGCGGGCUGCGGGUGCGGGCGGCGCACACGGCCCUCAGCGCGGCCUUGGCGCUGGGGCUGCUGCUGCACCGCACAGAUCUGCGAAGGCAAGAGGAGCGUGGCGAGCUGCUGCAGCCGGUGGUCUUUGUCCUGCUGGUUCUGUGCUCCGUCCUGCUGUACUUUAAGGUGUCCCUCAUGGAUCCGGGUUUUGUUAGGUCUGAUGAGGAAGUACAGGCAGGAAAAAGCGAAGAACAAAGCAUGGUGACACCCGCCGUUCCAAGCAAUAUUAAGAUGCGGCGUUGUGGCUACUGCAUGGUGAAGCAACCAAUGCGAGCCAGGCACUGCCAGCUGUGCCAACACUGCGUUCGGCGUUAUGACCAUCACUGUCCCUGGAUUGAGAACUGUGUAGGAGAGAAGAAUCACCCUCUCUUCAUAGUUUACUUGAGCGUGCAGCUUGUAGUUCUGCUGUGGGCUUGGUAUAUUGCUUGGUCGGGCCUCUACUUUGAACAGUCCUGGGACUGGCUGCAGCACAACAUUUUCCUCAUUGUGUCCUUCCUCCUGAUAGUCAUAUUCACCAUUUUUGUCCUGUUGCUGCUUAUUUCACACCUCUAUCUGGUCUCAUGCAACACCACCAGCUGGGAAUUCAUGUCACAUCAUCGCAUCUCCUACCUGAAACAGUCUGACUUGGAGAAUCCCUUUGACCAAGGGGUAAUCCUCAACCUUUGGAGAUUCUUCUGUUCGUGCCACCUCACUGCAUGGGAGAAAAUCUACUUUCACAGGAAUAGUGAACCUGUCUAGUCACAGUAGGACCUACUUAGUAAAGUGCCAACACACCUGCAGGUUGCUGGAUGAAGUUUUACUAACACAAUUGCUGCUGUUUCCUUGCAUGGAACUUCAGCAUACAAUGAACUGUGCAACUUGUUCCACAGCCUGCUCAUCCGUAAAAGCAAAUUACAUUUCAAGAAGGAUAGUCAGGGUUAUUCUUUAUAUAUGAAUAGCACUGUUAAAGGGGAGACAUUGGUUCUGGGAAGGCCAUAUUUUUUGAACUGAGCAAAAGUAUCUCUUUAAACUUGCUUUCUUUUGUUAACUGCAUCCAGAUCUCUCCAGAAGAAAUGCAAGAGUAGUGUGAAAAGGUAUGUGCACUUCUGCUCCCUAAAGUUUCCCUUUUGUAUUGCUGCUAGGAAACAGCAGCUGUUACAGACAAGUGAGCCAGAAUCAGUAUAAUUCAAUAUAAUAUAAUGUGGCCUUUCUUCAACAUAGUUCUCACCUUGAGAACCACUGUGCCUUCUCAGUAGUGUUGGACAAACAAUAGAAAGUUUGAGUAAAUAUAUGGAUAGUCAAAAGCAAGUUUCAUUUUGACUACAUGCUUAAAUCUCAUGCUUGUCACAAAGACUUGAGGUUUAAUAGUGUUAAUGUGCAGGAGAAACAGCUGUAAGGCACAAAAUUCAGCUGAGAUAAUUAGCCUAAUACUUUGUGAUGCCUUGACUCACUUCGUAACAGCAGCAUCAACUUAAAGAAAAAAAAAUGUACACAGUCCAGAUACUAUUUUGAAUGCAUUUGGUUAAGAAUGAUGCCAUUCACUUCUUAUUGGACACAAAAGCAGUACUUGCCUACCAAGUUAUUUCUGCAGACAGCUUCAUGCCUCAGCCUUUACUGUAGCUUUUGGGGAAAGAGCCUUUACUUAAUUUAUUAUAUAUAUACACAGGAAAAAUACUAAACUAAUAGUAGAGGAGGUUACUUCUUGCCUGGCUCAAAUAACACUAGUGGCAAUACUGCUACCUCUACAUAUUAGUAAAAUUUUAACAAAAGAAUACAAAGUUUCAAUGUAAGAGGAAAGAUUCUAGGUCCUGUUUAUUUCUAUGGCAUUAGGGGGUGCCAGGAGCUUUUUAGGAUAGCAGCAAGAUUACUUGUUUUCCAUUGUAAUAGGUCAUACUUCAGGUUUCCAUGAAGGACUACAAGGAAGGUUGGGAUAAGCACCUCUCAGCUUUAAAAGCAGAAAAGCCUGGGGUGUGAAUUUUAGCCCCAACUUUUUUUCAAUUAAAAAAAAGUCUGUUAAAGUUAUUUUGUGCCUUAAUUUCCUUAACUCAGGAGUUAACACCAAAUCAGGAGCGCAUCUGAAGCUGGUAGGAUGCACUCAGGGUUUAAGGUUGAUGAGCACUCAGGUAAAGGAAGUGCAGAGUCACUGAUACAACACUGUAGUCCAAAAGCAGCUUAAAAACAGCUGAAGGAUCCCUUUUUUUGGCCAGUUCCAGAAAGAGUUUAUUAUCUGUGUCCAGUCUGGUUUGUUCAGGGCAGAAGCUCUUAUCAGAGGGCUAUCAGAAUAUUAAGAGUUGUUUUCAUAAUAAUGAUGUACAAUCCCUAAAGGAUUGUGUAAUUUAUUCAUAUCAGUGUGACAUCUACCAAAGUAUGGCUCAUGUGCAACUUAGCAAUUUCUGGUUCUUCAGUUAUCAGCCAAAUAAUACUCAAAACACACACUACUGCUCUGUUUGGUAAUUCUUUUUUAAAUGCAUGUGGAUGGUAAAUUACAGUCUUUUUACUCUAUUAUAAACUAUUAAAAGAUUAAAUACA